GCCGCACACACGCAUACACACACACCGAUCAGCGAACCUCACCGUCACCGCACUGACAGUCCACAUCUUACCCUGCUGACUCCAACGGCAGAGCCCUUCAGAUAUGGCGGGGCUUCGUUGAGAGAGGCCAAAAAUCUCCCUGCACUAUCAUUCAUCGAACAGUUUGCUUUUGGACAAGCGUCUCCCACAACCCUCCUUAUGCACCGCUGCGGCGUGGAGAAACGGCAGCAGCGCUGAACAAGCAGAAGAAAGAGGACAAGAGUGAUUUCCACCCCCUUAAACGGACAAUGGCGGACCGCGAUGCGCUGCCCCUUCCUUUGGAAGUGCGGGCCAGGUUGGCUGAACUGGAGCUGGAGUUAUCAGAGGAAGAAAGAAGUCAUACACAUCUGGGAUGGCAUGAGGGUGACAUCACUCAGAAAGGAUACGAGAAGAAAAGGUCAAAAUUGCUUGGGGCAUAUCUACCACAGCCUCCAGGGUUUGAGGCAUCUAUGGCACACGAGCGCCGGCCACCAAUGGCGCCCUCCUCCGCUUCACGAUACCACCGCAGACGCUCCUCCGGCACCCGUGACGAGCGUUACCGAUCAGAUGUCCACACAGAAGCAGUUCAGGCAGCACUAGCCAAACACAAGGAGAGGAAGAUGGCUGUUCCCAUGCCAUCCAAACGGCGAUCUCUAGUAGUACAGACCUCAAUGGAUGCCUACACCCCUCCAGGCCUCUCCCCCCUCUCCUCUCUGCCCCCCCUGACAGACACCUCGUCCUGCUCGGAGGAGGAGGGCGGCCAGGGUGAGGGUACCCCCACCUCCAGCCAGGGCAGCGUCAGCAUGGAGCACUGGAUCAGCCGGGCCAUCCACCAGGGUUCCACCACCUCCUCCUCCUCAUCUUCGACACAGAGUGGGGGCAGCGGAGCCGCGGGACGCCUGGCCGACGUCUUGGCUCAAACACAUGUUGGCAAAUCAGGGCCGAUUGCUCACCUCUCGUUGAAGAGGAAAACUAUGCUCGGUGUAGCGGAGAAUGGAAACUCGCUGCGACGCUCCUGUGAGUUCGGAUCAGAUCUACUUUGGCCACCGCCCUUGGAGUCGGAGGAGAAUCAUUCGGCCCCUCCAGACGUCACCACCUACACCUCUGAACAUUCUGCUCAGGUGGAGAGGCCACAGGUGUCCACCGUGCCCAGAACCACGCCCAAAUAUGGCAACGCCAAACUCAUGGAGACCGGAGAUGGAGUUCCUGUAAGCAGUCGUGUUUCAGCUAAAAUCCAGCAACUUGUGAACACGCUAAAGCAGCCCAGACGACCUCCACUCAGAGAGUUCUUUGUGGAUGAUUUCGAAGAGCUCCUAGAAGUUCAGCAGCCCGACCCCAACCAGCCACGGCCUGAAGGGGCUCAGAUGGUCGCCAUUCGAGGAGAACCGCUGGGGGUGGUCACCAACUGGCCACCAUCACUGGAAGCUGCACUGCAGCGUUGGGGCACCAUCUCACCCAAAGCACCCUGCCUGACCACCAUGGACACCAAUGGCAAACCACUCUACGUCCUUACCUACGGGAAACUUUGGUCUCGGAGCAUCAAAGUAGCCUACAAUAUCCUUCACAAACUGGGCACCAAACAGGAACCCAUGGUCCGACCAGGAGACAGGGUGGCUCUUGUGUUUCCCAACAAUGAUCCCGCUGCCUUUAUGGUUGCCUUUUAUGGCUGCCUGCUGGCAGAGGUGGUGCCAGUACCCAUCGAAGUGCCACUUACCAGAAAGGAUGCAGGAAGUCAACAGAUUGGCUUUCUCCUGGGGAGUUGUGGGGUUACUGUGGCUCUGACAAGUGAUGCCUGCCACAAAGGCCUUCCGAAAGGACCCACCGGGGAAAUACCACAGUUCAAAGGAUGGCCAAAGCUGCUAUGGUUCGUCACAGAAUCCAAACACCUGUCCAAGCCACCACGUGAUUGGUUCCCUCACAUCAAAGAUGCAAAUAACGACACAGCCUACAUAGAGUAUAAGACGUGUAAAGAUGGAAGUGUUCUGGGUGUGACGGUGACACGGAUCGCACUUCUAACACACUGUCAGGCCCUAACGCAGGCUUGUGGAUACACAGAGGCUGAAAUCAUAGUGAAUGUAUUGGAUUUUAAAAAGGAUGUGGGUUUGUGGCACGGCAUCCUAACAAGCGUCAUGAACAUGAUGCAUGUAAUUAGCAUCCCGUACUCCUUGAUGAAGGUCAACCCUCUGUCCUGGAUCCAGAAAGUGUGUCAAUACAAAGCUAAGGUGGCCUGUGUCAAGUCCAGAGAUAUGCACUGGGCUCUGGUCGCUCACCGAGAUCAGAGGGACAUCAACCUUGCCUCUCUGCGCAUGUUGGUGGUCGCCGACGGAUCCAACCCAUGGUCCAUUUCAUCAUGUGACGCAUUCCUCAAUGUCUUCCAGAGUAAAGGUCUGCGGCCAGAGGUCAUCUGUCCAUGUGCCAGCUCAGCUGAAGCCCUCACUGUGGCCAUCAGGAGGCCCACAGAUGACAGUAACCAGCCGCCAGGUCGAGGGGUUCUGUCUAUGCAGGGUCUGAGCCACGGUGUCAUCAGAGUGGACUCAGAGGAGCGGUUGUCUGUACUCACCGUACAGGAUGUGGGCACCGUGAUGCCAGGAGCUCUAAUGUGUGUGGUCAAACCGGAGGGAGUUCCUCAGCUGUGCCGAACAGAUGAGAUUGGAGAGCUGUGUGUGUGCUCCAUCGCCACGGGAAUGUCAUAUUAUGGGCUGUCGGGCAUGACAAAAAACACCUUUGAGGUUUUCCCAAUGAGCAGCUCUGGUGCUCCAAUCAGUGAAUACCCCUUCAUCCGGACAGGGCUGCUGGGCUUCAUUGGCCCGGGUGGCCUGGUCUUUGUCUCUGGAAAGAUGGAUGGACUGAUGGUGGUGAGUGGACGGAGGCACAAUGCUGAUGAUAUCGUUGCCACGGCGCUGGCGGUAGAGCCCAUGAAGUUUGUGUACAGGGGCAGGAUAGCGGUAUUUUCCGUGACAGUCCUGCAUGAUGAGAGGAUUGUGGUUGUAGCCGAGCAGAGGCCGGACUCCACGGAGGAGGACAGCUUCCAGUGGAUGAGCCGUGUUCUGCAGGCGAUAGACAGCAUCCACAACGUGGGGGUGUUUUGCUUAGCUUUGGUGCCAGCUAACACCCUUCCCAAGACUCCGCUGGGAGGGAUCCACCUGUCGGAGACCAAGCAGCUGUUUUUGGAAGGCUCUCUGCACCCCUGUAACGUCCUAAUGUGCCCUCACACCUGCGUCACCAAUCUGCCCAAACCCAGACAGAAACAGCCAGAGAUUGGACCCGCCUCUGUGAUGGUGGGCAACCUGGUUUCUGGGAAGAGGAUUGCUCAGGCCAGUGGCAGAGAUCUGGGCCAGAUUGAAGACAAUGAUCAGGCAAGAAAGUUCCUCUUCCUGUCUGAGGUGUUGCAGUGGAGAGCCCAGACCACUCCAGACCAUGUGCUGUUCACUCUGCUCAGCUCAAGGGGUGCAGUCCUGAGCUCACUGACAUGUCUUCAGCUGCAUAAGCGGGCGGAGAAGAUUGCAGCCAUGUUGACGGAACGAGGCCACCUGCAGGACGGUGAUCAUGUUGCGCUUGUGUACCCGCCUGGGAUAGAUCUGAUUGCUGCCUUUUAUGGAUGCCUGUAUGCCGGCUGUGUACCAAUUACCGUGCGACCACCACACCCACAGAACAUCGCCACCACCCUGCCCACUGUGAAAAUGAUUGUGGAGGUGAGCCGGUCAGCCUGUGUGAUGACCACACAGAUGAUAUCCAAGCUCUUGAAGUCGAAGGAGGCAUCUGCAGCAGUGGAUGUCAGGGCGUGGCCUCCUGUUCUGGACACAGAUGAUCUGCCAAAGAAGAAGCCCCCUCAGCUCUACAAACCCUCCAAUCCAGACACACUGGCUUACCUGGACUUCAGUGUCUCCACUACCGGAAUGCUAGCAGGAGUAAAGAUGUCCCACACAGCCACCAGUGCCUUCUGCCGCUCUAUAAAGCUCCAGUGUGAGCUGUAUCCCUCUCGUGAGGUGGCCAUCUGCCUGGAUCCAUACUGUGGCCUUGGCUUUGUCCUCUGGUGCCUCUGCAGUGUGUAUUCAGGGCAUCAGUCCAUCUUGAUUCCUCCGUCUGAGCUGGAGGUGAACCCUGCUCUGUGGCUACUGGCUGUCAGUCAGUUUCGGGUCAGAGACACGUUCUGUUCAUACUCGGUCAUGGAGCUUUGCACCAAGGGGUUGGGCCUGCAAACAGAAUCCCUCAAGUCCCGUGGACUUGACCUGUCCCGUGUAAGGACUUGUGUGGUUGUCGCCGAGGAAAGGCCCAGGAUAGCCCUCACCCAGUCCUUCUCUAAACUCUUUAAAGACCUGGGUCUCCACCCUCGAGCUGUCAGCACUUCCUUUGGAUGUAGAGUCAACCUUGCCAUCUGCCUGCAGCCCCACAGGCUCGGGAAGCUUGCAGAUCAGGGGACAUCAGGGCCAGACCCGACUACUGUGUAUGUGGACAUGAGAGCUCUCCGGCACGACAGAGUGCGGCUAGUUGAACGAGGAUCUCCACAUAGUCUCCCCCUCAUGGAGUCUGGAAAGAUUUUACCUGGAGUUCGAAUCAUCAUCGCCAAUCCUGAAACCAAGGGACCACUGGGAGACUCCCAUCUAGGGGAGAUCUGGGUUCACUGCGCUCACAACGGCAGUGGUUAUUUCACGGUGUAUGGAGACGAAGCCCUGCAGUCUGAUCAUUUCAACUCGCACUUGAGCUUCGGGGAUACGCAGACCGUGUGGGCGCGUACUGGUUACCUGGGCUUCCUUCGAAGGACCGAGCUAACAGAUGCAAGCGGAGAACGGCAUGAUGCUCUGUAUGUAGUGGGUGCUCUGGAUGAGGCCAUGGAGCUGAGAGGAAUGAGGUAUCACCCCAUCGACAUAGAGACCUCGGUUAUACGCACCCACAAGAGCAUCAUGGAGUGUGCGGUGUUUCCCUGGACUAACCUGUUGGUGGUGGUCGUGGAGCUGGAAGGUUCGGAACAGGAAGCAUUGGACCUGGUUCCAUUAGUGACUAAUGCAGUUCUGGAGGAGCACUACCUAAUCGUGGGCGUGGUGGUCGUUGUAGACAUUGGCGUCAUUCCCAUCAACUCUCGCGGAGAGAAACAGAGGAUGCACCUGCGGGACGGCUUUUUGGCCGAUCAGCUGGACCCCAUCUAUGUGGCAUAUAACAUGUAGCAAGAGUGUAUGUGUGCGUUUGUUGCGGUGUAUGUUUGUGUGUGUGUGUGUUUUACUGACUGCACAUGGCUGUUCAGACGGCCUUUAGCAAAUACCCAAAAACACAAGGAAAAUUUCCAAGACGUGAUCACAAAGCCAAACGGAAAGUCUGAUUGGCAGAAGGAUUCAGUUUCCUGAACGGAAGAAGAAUCGCCUCUGCUUUUGCCUGUGUGCGUGUUGCGUUGUUUUCAUGUGAGGUAUUGCGACGUUGUUCAUUUUUAUCCCACCCUACAUGAGCGAAGGGGUAUUUUUAAAUAUCUGUAUACUGUGGCGAAAUGUGCAUUUUAAGUUUCAGGAUUUCAGUUUGGAGUAACUUGUUGAAAGUAGACAUUAUAUCAAAAACUCUGGACGCCAUUUCUGUCCUUUCAUUUUAAAGAAGGUACAAAGACGAAUUGUUACAUUUGUAUGUACGUUGCAGCCGUCCUUCAGCAAUUUGCCAGUUUAGUUUUUCAGCCUUUGUAAAUGUUCUCGGAACAGCAGGAAGCAAAAAAAAAAAAAAAAGAAGAAAAUUGUCCCCUGCUUUUUCAAUUGCUCCAUGUUUAAUAUCAUUGUACAAAGCUGAAGGUAAACACAAAGUCGGUUGAUAAUUGUGUAAUUAUGUACAGAUAAUAGUUCUUAUUUAUUUUGUUCUUUUUAGAAUUGCUGAGUGAAGACAUUUGGAAAUGUUUUCCUCAAAUAAUAUUGCUGAUAUAAAACAUUGUAUCAUCUUGAGUGAGUAGUAUCACAUCAAGUAUAUGUAAAAAUAUAAAUAUACCUAAAUAUAUAUAUAUAUAUAUAUAUAUCAAAUAAAUAUAUAUAUAUCAAAUAAAUCUACGAAUCACUAAUGAAACAUUUCUAAUGCAGAAACUUUCCACUUGCAUGGUUGUAGAAAUAACAGUCCGAUCGACUGAUCGAACAGAUCGUUACCCACACGUUCGAUACGAACUAUCAAUAGGAAUUUCAAAACAUGAUGUCAGACAUCCAGUAUGUUUCAAAUAAAGCGUGUAAACUAAUGGCAACGAACAAUAUUUGUUUUGUGUAGCUCGAACAAAUGCUUUCAUUUUUCUAAUUAAAUCUAAAUCGCGACGCCCUUACAAGUGAAAACAAACCCGAAAAAUGUGCCUGGAAUUUUGUUUACAUCUGCUUUUACAACUUCUCAAAGCUGCAUCACAACUUUGCUUAUGUUGUUUUUAUUUGCUUUGAUUGAAUUUUAAACUUGUUUUUUUAUUGUUUACUUUGAGUGAUUCUUUAUUUAUUGACACUGGCUUUUUACACGUGUGUUUUUUUGUUUACCGGUUGUUUUGACAACAGUAGUAAAAUAUCAGUACGUCCCUAGCAAAGUACUGAUUUUCUUAUUUUCCAGUAGUUUACAUAUCCUCACGGAAACCUUGGUGCAGCUUGUGCUUUUAGCAGCAAAGUGUGUGUUUUCAUUUAAAAUGUACCAGACUGUAAAGCAGAUUUUGGCACUUUCGUGAAAUAUUUACCUAAAUGCCUCGCCCUUUACUUUCUAUCCCAGUCAGCUCAUGUGAAUGGAUUAAGCUCAUUUUUUAAAAUUGGCUUAUUUGGGAAAUACAUGACAAAUAACAGCUAAGAGACUGUUGGCACAUGCAAUUUAAGCAAAGCAUGAAACAUGACCAACUGGCUAUAAUAAUGCAAAAAAAUAUGAUUGUGCCAUUCUUCUGUAUUGUACCAGCUGCAUUAGAAGGGACAUCCUUUUUGAACUUUUCAUAUAGCUGUUAAUCCAUUAAAUCGCCAUGACAAACGGAGUAGUCUGGAUUUUAUUCUGUUCUUUUGUUCAGAUAAUAUGGCAGACUUUUAUUCCAUGAUCACAUUAUUUCCAGAAAAUAAUGGUGAAGAUGCAGGGGUGGGGAUCAUACUGCAAUCAGCCUCAUUGAGGUCCAGUUCAAGGCAACCUUUUUUUUUUUUUAAUCGGUGUAAUAGACAUUGAUACUGUGUAUGGGAAUGGAGUUUACACAUUCAGAGAGUGACAACGCAGUUCUCUUUUUUUUCUUUUCUGUUUUAAAAAAAAUAUAAAGGAAAGAAGUCUUAAAAUGUUUGGAAGCUUUUGUGUUGCUAUUCCCAUACAAACAGAAAUGUUUCCCCAUUUAAAAAAAAAAAAAAAAUGUGCUCAACUUUCAACCUGUGAAGAUAAUUCCCUUUUUUUUUUUUUUUUUUUUUUUUUAAAUCUGGACAUGUGUGAGAGAGUCUGCAUGGUGUCUGUAAAUAUUGUUGGUUAUAGAAAAAAAGACAAAAAACUAAAUUUAUUUUGUAUGGUGCAGGUGUGUUUGAAAUUGUUUUGUACACAUGAUUAAAAGUAUUAAAUUACACUUUUAUAGAAGCGUGCUUUGGCCUACCUUCACAAAAUAUGGUGCAAUAAAGUGCUUUGAUUGGUAA